GUUUUUCUGUCUUGUUCAAACUACGCUGUUGGUGUAUGUUAAGGUUUAACACAGACCAUGACUUGUUGGUUUAAAAGUCGUAUCUGUCUCAUCUGACGGUGCUCAAGUCAAAACAAAACACGUCACAGCUGUACUCCCACGGCGCUCCUGUCCCAUCCCCGAGCUUUGUGUGGAGCUUUGUCUGUGUUUGGCUAGCUUGGACCGACAAAAAAAAAAAAAGGCAAUGCAUUGAUUGUGUGACAGAUGGGGGGUCUUUUGUGUGAAAUCAUCACCAAUAUGACCUCCAGCGUCACGCGUAGAGUUGUGCGUACGAGUGGGAGUUGUCUGCUGCUGGAUAAACGCAUUGUUGUGCUGGGGGGAUGUUCCAUCCUGUAACGCUGCUGUUUGCCUCUGCAGCCUUUGAAUGGCCUACAAAAGGAGGAACUGUGUCUUCUCUAUAGAAAUUAGCACAGAAGCCUCCCGGGCAACAAGCAGACCUCUUUCUCUUUUAUUAGUAGGUGAAAAGACCAAAGUGUUUCCCGCUGGAUGAUAACGUUGUGCAGGGAACGGGAACCGUAUCUCAGGCCGUUGCUUUGUACGGCUGUUGGCUAGCUAUCUACUAGCAAAACUGUUCGUUUAUCAGAGAAUCACGGAGAGUCAAGAUGAAGAAGAAAGCUCGGCAGCACCGGCCCGCGGUGCCCCAGAGGUCACAGUCUCCAAUCAAGCCCUCUCCCAACAAGCAGAUCCUGACCUACGCCCAGGCACAGCGCAUGGUGGAGUUCGAACUGGACGGCCGCAUCCAUCGCCUCAGCAUAUAUGACAAUCUGGACGUGAUCUCGAAUGACGACCCCGUGGUCCAAGAGAUGAUGGAGUGCACCAGCAACAAGGAGAAUGCAGACAAACCCCAGCAGCAGGUCCGCCAGAGAUCGGCUCGACUAAAAAACAAUCAGGAGAAGAGAAACGCGGCGCUGGGCAUCACCGGCCACGCAGAGGGAAGCGGGCAUCAUGCUGGAGGCCAUGCUGCCCCGAAGCUUCCCGAGCCUAAAUUUCGAGUCGUUGAAUAUAACCUUCCUGCAGUUCCCAAGCGCCCAGGUGCAUUUUAUAAGUACAUAGAGAAGACAGAGGAGGAGCUGGACGAGGAAACAGAAUAUGACAUGGACGAGGAAGAUUACACAUGGCUGGAGUUGGUGAAUGAAAAACGUAAAAGCGAAGGGAUGAGUCAGGUUUCCCAUAAUGUUUUUGAGUUUCUAAUUGACCGCUUUGAGAAAGAGUUGCACUUGGAGAGUCUGGAUCAAGCGAGUGAGAAGCAGCCCCCCGUUGAUGAGGAUGCAGUUUGUUCAAUUUGUAUGAUCGGAGAGUGCCACAAAAGCAACACAAUCCUGUUCUGUGGCAUGUGCAGCGUGUCCGUGCACCAAGAAUGUUACGGCGUCCCCUACAUCCCAGAAGGCCAGUGGCAUUGCAGACACUGCCUCCAGUCACCGACCCAGCCGCCGGACUGCAUUCUCUGUCCCAACAAAGGUGGAGCUGUGAAAAAGACGAACGACGAGCGGUGGGGCCACGUUGUAUGCGCCCUCUGGGUGCCAGAGGUCGGUUUCUCCAACACUACAUUUAUCGAACCCAUCGACGGCGUCGGUCAGAUUCCGCCGGCUCGCUGGAAGCUCACCUGCUACAUAUGCAAGGAGAAAAACGUCGGCGCAUGCAUUCAGUGCCACAAGGCCAACUGUUACACAGCUUUCCAUGUUACCUGUGCCCAAAAGGCUGGCCUCUUCAUGAAGAUGGAGCCGAUCAACGAGGUAACCGAAACAGGGGAGUCCGUCCUCUCCAUUAAAAAGACCGCCUACUGUGGAGCUCACACGCCCAACGGAUGUGUGAGGAGGCCUCUUUCCAUCUAUGAAGAUGCCAAACGGAAAAACGGGCUUUGUAAGAGAGCGAAUAAAGGGAGGAGAGAUGAUAAAGAACAUUGCAAGGGAAAACAGAAAAAGAAAAGCAAGAGCAAGAGGCCUGAACCCGACGAUGAAAGUGAGGCUGCAACUCCCGCUACUGUGCCUAGUUUUCCUGCUCACAGGCUACAAACCAUUCUGAACCAGGUGUCCAUACAGAAGAAGAGAGCUUUUGUGGAACUGGUCCUAAAUUAUUGGACACUGAAAAGGCGAUCCAGGAAUGGGCUGCCUCUGAUCAGACGCCUUCAAACUUGCCUGCAGUCUCAGAAAAACGCACAACCGAGGCAGAAUGAGGAGGAAAGCAGAACGCUGAAGGAACAGCUGAAGGAAUGGCACCGCCUCCGACACGACCUGGAGAGAGCUCGGCUGCUGCUGGAGCUCAUUCGCAAGAGAGAGAAGCUAAAGAGGGAAGAGAUUAAGCUACAUGAGUCCAUCCUGGAGAUGCAGCUAACACCAUUUAGCAUUUUGCUCCGUGUACUCUUGGACCAGCUACAGGCCAAAGACCAGGCGAAGAUCUUCACCCAGCCUGUUGAUGUCAAUGAGGUGCCAGACUACCUUGACCACAUCAAACACCCGAUGGACUUCUCCACCAUUCGGCUGCGUAUUGACACCCAAGCCUACACCAACCUAGAUCAGUUUGAGGCCGACUUCAACCUCAUCGUCGACAACUGCAUGAAAUACAACUCAAAGGACACCUACUUUUACCGGGCCGCGGUUCGCCUCAGAGACCAGGGCGGAGUCCUGCUCAGGAAGGCCCGACGGGAUGUGGAGAAGAUCGGCUUCGACGCGGAGAGCGGCAUGCAUUUGUCAGAAGCUCCCGAGAUCAAAGAGCCGGCGUCGUUUUCUUGGGAAGACGUGGACCGUCUGCUGGUGCCGGCCAACCGAGAGUAUCUGCCUCUGGACAAGCAGCUGCAGCAUCUCCUGGAGAAGUUCGACCUGACGUGUGCCAUGAAGUCCAGUCCCUCCCGUAGCAAGCGCCUGAAGCUGCUUAAAAAAACCAUCAAUGACGUGCGCAGUGAAAUGAGCCUGAAGAAACUUCUGCCCUCUUACCACCAUAGUUCCACCUCCGUACCAGCACCAGCUUCGUCCCCUCCGGAGCUGGAGAGGUCCACAGAUGACAGACUGCAGCCCAAUGGGCAUUUUCAAGAUGAUGAAGGAGACAAGUCUCUUCCUCCAAAAUUGGAGCCACCGGACGCUAUACCCCCCCUACUCCGCUCGGAAGCAGAUUCCGAACCCCCUACCCUCAAACCAAUUGACGAAGCCCCGGACUGCGAGGAAAAGACUCACAGCAAGCGAUUGAAGGUGGAUGGAGAAGCAGCAGACCUGCUGUCCUCUGCUCCACGCCUCAACGGCCACUCCCUUCAGAGUUCUCUGUUGGACGGCGAAGUGGGCGGGCUGGCCACGUCCACCCUCGGAGAGCUCACGGACAUGGCCAACCACCGGACGGCUGUCGUCUUUCACAAGUCGAAGACCGCUGGCACGCACAGGCCACCUGAGAACGAAGACGAGGAGUGCUGCGAUGGAGCCGACGGAAAAUCAAGCGACCAGGAGGGGGAAAGUAAAGACGGCUCCCAGCUGGGCUCCAAGUCUUUCCUGUCGGUCGUCAUACCCCGGCUGGAGACGCUGCUUCACAGCAAGAAGAGGAAGCACAGUGACCGCAGAAGCAAGGAGGUGGAAGGAGGGGAGGCUGAGCAUAAAGAGGAGGGAGCGUCUCCUGGAAAAAGACUUGACACUGGCCUGUCGAGAGGUUUUCUGGAGAUAGAUGAGGAGAAGGAACUAGAAAAAACGCGCAGGAGCAGCAGACCAGUGGAGCUGCGACGGCGCUGUGCGUCCGAGUCCUCCAUAUCUUCAUGCAGCAGUCUACAGGGAAGCGCCAGCACCAUCCUCAGUCUUCCAAAAUGUGGAAAGGGGAAACCGGCUUUGGUCAGAAGAAACACUGUGGAUGAUAAGAGCGAGCUCAUCGCCUGCAUUGAGUCGGGGAACUUUGCAAAAGCUGCACGAAUUGCUGCAGAGGUUGGCAACAGCAAUAUUUGGAUGCCAGCUAGUGCUGCAACAGUUGCACUGGAACCCCUCAAGCUAGUCUGGGCCAAAUGUAGUGGAUACCCUUCCUACCCUGCCUUGAUUGUAGACCCCCACAUGCCACGCGUCGGCUGCCAGCACAAUGGGGUGUCCAUCCCCAUUCCCCCCAUGGACGUGCUGCGCAUCGGCGAGCAGAUGCAGUACAAGGCCGACGAGAAGCUCCAUCUUGUCCUCUUCUUCGACAACAAACGCAGCUGGCAGUGGCUUCCUAGAUCCAAGAUGGUUCCUCUCGGAGUAGACAAAACCAUCGACAAGAUCAAAAUGAUGGAAGGCCGCACGUCCAGCGUCCGCAAGGCGGUCCAGAUCGCCUUCAGCCGGGCCAUGAACCACCUAAACCUGGUGCAGGACGAGCAAGUGAGCGACCUCAGCGACGUGGACUGAUAAGACCACUAACCAAAAAGUUCCCCCUACACUCCUCAUCGCCCUCCUUCUGUCUCUGCGGGAGACUUUGAUGUUUACCGGGCGCCUGCUGUAACAGGUGGUGUCAGAAAUGAAUGUGUCUGCAUUUCCUCUUCAGGCUUGUGACUGUGCUGAGACAGCAAGACAGAGGCUCCUUUUUUUUGCCUUCUCCACUCUGAAUCAAAACACUUCCACUGCCAUUUUUAUCGUGAACGACUGAUCUAGUGUGUUUUGGUCGCCUUACCAAAUCCCAUAAAUUUGAUUGAACAUGUAUUAAGCUUACGUCAUUCCCACAUUUCUAUGUCGGUUCCCUUACAUUGUAUUUAAACUGUAAAUAUGUACAUUUGCCUGACACUAACUUAUUUUUUAUUUGUUGGACAUACAUACUAUUAGUACUGUACAGCUGUUGUUUUUUUUUAGUAUUUAGUAAGAGCUGUUUUGUUUGGAUGAUCAAAAAGACUAGAAAAGUGUCAUGGUUUUUUGUGUUGUUUUUAAAAAAAAAAAAGAAGAAACAACAAAAAUCCAUAAAAGCCUUUUUUGUUUGUUUUCUAAGUUAUUAUAUUGUAAACUUCCAUUUUUUUAUUUUUUGUAUGAAAAUAGUUUUGGUAUAUUUUUGUUCAUAUAAAUACAGUAUUUAUAUUUGCAUUGUAUGCUGUAUGUUUGUCUCUGUUGGGGGCCAAAAGUUCAAUUCGAUACAUAAAUAAGUUCAGUAAAGAAAUAUAAAAUUUAAAAACUUCUGAAAACAGUCAGAAAUUUGUGUUCAGUUUAUAUGAUCUAAAAUAUGUAAUUAUUUCAUUUAAAUUCCUGUGUUGCAGCACAUGAAUUAAUUUGAUCUGUCAGUCUUACUCAUCAAUGUUGUGAUCCAUUUGAUAAGACAUAAUGAUAGCUUAAUUUCACGAUGAACUGAUCUGUAAUGUUUUUAUUUAACAAAUAUGAUUAGAUCAAUAUCUGCAAACUUAUAAAUAUGUAUUUCAUAAAUUAUGUAUUGGACUGCUCCACUUUUGGCCCUCGAUAUGUCUCUAAAGCUCAUAACACAGUCUAAUGUACUAAAGAAACCAAAAAUGUUGCUACCCAGAUGUUUUUUGCCAUUUGAUUUUUUUUUUAUAUGAGAAAUUGCCAAAAAACAAAAAGAAAAAAGUUGAGUGUUUUCUUUCCUUUUUUAAGUAAAACACUUGACUGUAACUUUGCUUUGCUGUUGUCGUAAAAGAAUGUGCCUCUGUUAACUUAUUGUAAAGUAUUUGCAUUACUUUAUAUGUGAAGAAAGACGUGCAGAGCGAGUGUGAAGUGACACAUUCUGUGGUGAAUAUUUGCCUUUUAGCGUAACCUUCUUUUAUUUCUUUAGUAGUUGUAGACUUGGAAGAUUUUUUUUUAUAUGAUGGCCUAUUUUCUCUGGGUAGCACCGGGUAGUUUUGAUAUACUUCAUUUUGUACUUUACUGUAGUGUUAUUUUUAAAAGGGGAGAUAUACAGAAUAUUGCUGGGACUGUUUUUUUUUUUUUUAGCAAAAUAAAAAUAAAAAAUAAAGAAAGUGAAAGAUUC